AUGUCUGAAAAUAAAGGCAGGAAGUGUGAGGAAGAAAGGGAUAGUUUUAAGGGGAGGAGAGAGAUAAAAAGCGAAUUCGAGACUACAAAAAGGCAAAUUAAUGUAGAGGAAAAUGGACAAAAUGAUAAUGAAUAUGAAGUUGAGGCUAUAAUUAAUUGGAAAAAGGAGAACGGAAAAGAUUAUUAUAUGAUAAAAUGGCUAGGUUAUGACGAAAGACACAAUACAUGGGAACCAAUAGAAAAUUUAAAAAAUUGUACAGAGUUAUUGCGUCAAUUUAGAAAAUCUAGAGCAACAAAAAGAGUGACUAUGUCUGAUGAUGAUGAAUAUAAAGAUUCAGUACCUGAAGAAAAACCAUAUAUUCGGCGAGAAAUAAUCACGAAGGGAAACGAAUCAAGUACACAUAAUCGUGCUUCUGGCUCAAAAAAGUGGAUGGGCGUUGUAUCUGGGAUAGACCAAAAACGCGUCGAUAAGAUUUUCAAAGAUGAAGUGGAUGACGAUAGGAAAAAUGACGUUUUUAGUAGACCCGUCGAAUUCUCUACACAAGAUGAAUGUGGAGAAUCGCCCAAUAAAACUAAGAAUAAUAGAGAUCAUAGAUUACUAGCUGCAAUAAAGUAUAAAAAAAAUCGUGUUGCCAGUUCAUCAAAAGUGGAAAAUGACGAACCUAGACGUAGCAAUUACGUUAGUUUAUCAUCCGGCCCGAACAAUGACGUAUUUAAUAGUUCAUUGGUAACAGAUCUCAAAAAAGAGAAUCUUGAAGCCUCGUCUAUCAGUUCUUCAUCCGGGAAUGCUCCGAAAAUUUCAAAAAGACGGCCAAGGUUGUCAAUGGAUCGGGAAAUAUUACCUCCCCCGUG